AAAAAAAAAAAUAGAUCGACAUUAUUUGUAAUUCUCCAGACCUCCUUUUUUAACCCUUCGCGUUUAUCAUGUAAAUGCAUAAUAAACCAGACGAUGUCAGUCUAAAAAUUUUCCAUAGCGACACGAAUUUACAUAAAUUCGAUCGGUUUCUAACUACUCUAGCGUGACCGAGUCAACAGAAAUAACAUUUCAACCCCCCAGUUGGUGUCCAGCAUUUUCCAAACCACACAAUAACGAAACAUUGGAAGCAGCCAUGGAUACUGAAACGGGGGAAAUGAUAGUUAAAAGAGUCAGCGUACCUAUAGGUUUAGAAGAACUAAUGGAAGGUUUAGUAAAAGAAGUUUUAUUGAAAAAACCCGACGAUAUUUAUCAAUUUGCAGCUAAAUAUUUUGCUCAUCUACUUACAAUAAGGGAGAAAGUUCCUGUUAGUAAAACAAAAACUAUACGGACUGUCCAAUCGUUGAAAGAGAAACCCGAAAGGCCACCUCUUCAUACCAGAACAUCAAAAUUAUCAAAACAAUUUAGUAUCAGAGCAGAUUCUCCAAUAGAAUCACCGAUUAUAUCUCAUAAACCGAAACUGCAUAACAGAAAUGAACUAAAGCAUAAUAAAAGGAGACAUACUGGACCCUCAACUGUAUUACCAAACAAUCAACAAUUGACUAUAAGAAGAAAAUACGCUAGAAGUGUGUCAGGUGAUACUCAGAAACCUGUGAUAGAGUCUAACAACAAUAAAAACAAAGUUAAUACUAUUAGAGAAAGAUCUGUUGAAUCAGCUGAUAGAAAUCAUAAGACAAUGAAGCAAAAAUACGAAAAUAAUAAUAAUACCAUUAAGUUACCAAUACUCACAGAAAAUAUAACGAAACUUGUAGAAAAUAAUAACAAUAACAAUGAAAAAGAUGAUGUUAUUGUAGUUAAAACUGAAUCAACAAAUAACACAAAUCAAAAUAAAGAACAAAUUACUGUAUCUGAAUUGUCAAAUAUUGAAAUUAAAGAUGCUGAUAUUGAUGUCAAAGAAGAAAACAAAAUUGUAAAGAAGAGAAGCACUAAAUCUCCUAAAGAAGUACCCAAUACUCUUGGUAAAGAUAAAGAUACUAGUGAGGAAGAACAUUCACAAAAAGAUGACAACAAAGUUAUUGCUACUAAAGAAGAAGAUAAUUUAAAAAUAAAUGGCUCUACCCAUUUGGAAAAUAACAGUGCUACAAUUGAUACAAAAGAAGUUAUUGAUGAAGAUAAAUUAAGAAAAAGUGAAGAAGAAAAUAAUUUACAGAAAGAUUCAUCUACUAAAGUCGGAAACCAAUCGGAAAAUUUGCUUGAAAUUACAGAUACUUCUGCAAAAGAAAAUUUUCAAAAGAAUGGUAAUAAAGUUUUGGAUAAUGAUAAUAGAGGCGAAGAAAUUAAUCAAAAUAACAAAAUUAUCAAAAAAGAAUCGAGUACUUUAAGUGAAUCUGGAAAUAUUCCUGCUGAAGAUGAACUUAAUAAUAAAAAAACUAAUUAUUUACAAAAAUCAGACUCGUAUAAAUUGGCAAUUAAUGACAAUAUGGGUAUAGGAAAAAAACAUACAUUACAGUCUGGUAGAACCUUUGAUGAUGAAGAAAUUAGUAGAGUCCUGCUUUCAAGCAUUUCAAACACAGAAAAUGAAACAACAAGUAGUACAGUUGACUUAAAUGAUAUAGAAAAAGGUAUGACUAAAAGAAAUUCUGCUGUUAAUGAAGUAAUAGAAACCAAACUAGUUAUUAAUGAGGUAAAAAUUGAAGAAAAAGAAACUCCGAUAAAUAUCGAGAAUUCUAAAAAUAGAAAAGAAGGGAAAGAAGGCAAAACAGUAAGAAGUGAUGCAACAGUUGAAGAUGUGAAAAAAUCUGAAGGAGAACUAAGUGACGAUAGUUUAGAGUUUGUUGAAGAAAAGGUCGAAGCAGCUACUGAAAAAAGUCACAACUUGUUGGUAACACAAAUCUCCUCUAAAGAAAAUGAAACUGGAAAAAUGGAGGAUAACAAAAUUGACGAAAUUACAGAAGGUAAUACUAAACCUAAAAGUAUAUCUACAAAUGUACAACUUAUAGAUGAAAGCAUAAAAAAACAAAAUGAUAAAUUGACGGAAAUCAAAACGUUAACAAAAGUUGAACAACUGGAAGAAAAACAAGAUACUACUACUCAUCAGCUUAGAUAUGAAAAUAUUAACGAAUUAAGCAACAACAAAUUAGGAAAAGAAGAAACUGAAACAGAAGAUGUAUCUAAAAUUGCUGAAUCUAAAACUACACUACCUAUAGACAAAGAUAAAAGUGAAUCAGCUGAAGAGAAAUUAUUCAGAGAUACUAUGAAUGAAGACAAUGUCUCUAUAAGUGAUCAGAAAACAGAUCUUGAUGUACCAAGUUUAGAAACUGAUAAUAACAGUCUAAUAAAAUCUUUCGAUAUUAAAGAAAUCGAUACCAACGAGAAGUUUGAUUUAAAACAUAAUUUUACAGAAUCGCCUGAAUCAUCUGCUGAUGUAAAAACUGACCUAAAAGUGGAUUCGAUAAAAGAGAAAGUAGCAACUGAUAAAAGAGUAUUAAACGAAGAAAAAGAUGAUACUACUAAAAAAGUAAAUGACGAACUUACAAGGACGACUAGUUUUGACAGUUCUAAGUUGCGUGAAGAGCUUAAACAAAUUGAAGAUGAAUCAAAACAUAUUAAAAAUGAUGAACUAAAUGGUGAUAGUCGCGAAAAACAUGAUGAAAUUAAUAUUGUUGAUUCAAAUAACGUAGGCAAUGAGAAAGAAAACUUAAACGAAACUAACAACAAAAAUAUUUUUGAAAAAAUGUCUACUUUUGAUGUUAAAGAUUCUAGAAAUAAUGGUAAAUCAGCUAAAAAUAAAUUUGAGAAAAUGUCAACUGUAGAUAUUGGAUUCUUAGAAAAUAUAAAAAAUGAAGUCAAUAGUAAAGAUGUAACUAUAAAACAGCUAGAACAACCUGGUGCAGAUAAUUUAGAAAAAUCAGAAAUUGAUAUAGAAAAUUCUGAUAAUAAAAUUGAAUCAACAUUGGAAGAAAGAGUUACUAAAGAAAAUAUAAGAAAGUUACAAGAUAGUGUCGUAGUAAAUAAAAAUAUAGAAGAAGAGAAGAUAACAUCAAAUAUGGAUGAAGCUAAAGAUGAAGGACAUAUCAAUAAACUAGAUAAUACUGAUGACAAAGAAAAUGAAAAUAAAAAUAUGUCUACUGAAAAGAAUAUAAAAACUAUAGAAACAAGCAUCAAUAAGGAUAAAGCAAACUCAUUGUCAGAUAAAAAUGAAGAUAAAGAAAUUACAAAUGUGGAAAAACAAAUGGAAAGCAAAGCUAAUAUAUCCAAUAAUAGAGAAUAUGCUGAUAAAUAUGAGGAUUUAAAAACAGAUGAUGCUCAAAGUGAUCAAGAAGUUUCUAUAAUUACAAAUAAAAUAUUAGAUGAACCAACUGAUGAAGUAACUGAGAAAACAAAAGAAAUAUUACAGUCUGAUAAUGUAGACAAUAAAAACGUUGGUGAGACAAAAAUAAUGAAUGCAAAAAUAAAUAAAAAUAAAUCUAUUGAAAAUGAAACUAUUAAUAAUAAACAAUUUAAUUCACUGGAAGUUGAAGAAAUAAAAAAAGAAACAGACAAAUCAGCUAAUAAAGUAGAUAUUGAUAAUAAAGCAAGGACACCAAAGGCGCAAGAAAAUAAGUCAGAAAUUCAGAAAAAAGAAAAUGAAGUUGCAGAAAAAAUUGAAGACAAUAAUGAUAAAAACAAAGAACAUACUAAACAAAGUCAAUCGUUGGUAUCAUCUGAUAAGGUAUCUGAAAAAACUGAAGAAAUAUUGCAAUCUAAUAAAAUAAUGGAUGCAGAAAUAAAUAAAGAUAAAUCUAUUGAAAAUGAAACUAUUAUUAAUAAUGAUAAACAAAUAAAAUUAUUGGAAAUUGAGGAAAUAAAAAACAAAACAAACAAAUUAGUGGAUAGCGUAGAUGAAGAUAAUUAUGAAGACAAUAAUAAAACAACCACACCAAAGGAAAAAGAAAGUAAGUCAGAAAUUCAGAAAAAAGAAAAUGAAGCUGCAGAUAAAAUUGAAGAAAAUAAUACUAAAAAGAAAGAACAUAUUAUUCAAAGUGACUCAUUGGUAUCAACUAAAGAAGUAUCUGGGAAAACUGAAGAAACAUUGCAUUCUAAUAAAAUAGAUAAUAAAAAUGUUGGCGAAACAAAAAUAAUGGAUGCAGCAAUUAAUAAAAAUAAAUCUUUUGAAAAGGAAACUAUUAUUAAUAAUAUUAAACAAAUAAAAUCAUUGGAAAUUGAAGAAAUAAAAAACGAAACAAACAAAUCAGUGAACAAUGUAGAUAGUGAUAAUUUUGAAGAUAAUAAUGAAAAAACCACACCAAAGGCACAAGAAAGUACGUCAGAAAUUCAUAAAAAAGAAAAUGAAGCUACAGAUAAAAUUGAAGAAAAUAAUACUAAAAAUAAAGAACAUAUUCAAAGUAACUCAGUGGUAUCAACUGAUGAAGUAUCUGGGAAAACUGAAGAAAUAUUGCAAUCUAAUAAAAUAGAUAAUGAAAGCAUUGGUGAAACAAAAAUAAUUAUUGAUGCAGCAAUUAAUAAAAAUAAAUCUUUUGAAAAUGAAACUAUUAUUAAUAAUAUUAAAGAAAUAAAAAACAAAACAAACAAAUCAGCAAAUAAUGUAGAUGGUGAUAAUUAUGAAGAUAACAAUAAAACAACCACACCAAAGGCAGAAGAAAGUAAGUCAGAAAUUCAGAAAAAAGAAAAUAAGGCUACAGAUAAAAUUGAAGAAAAUAAUGCUAAAAAUAAAGAACAUAUUAUUGAAAGUAACUCACUGAUAUCAACUGAUAACGUAUCUGGAAAAACUGAAGAACUAUUGCAGUCUAAUAUAAUAGAUAAUGAAAACAUUGGUGAAACAAAAAUAAUUGAUGCAGCAAUUAAUAAAAAUAAAUCUACUGAAAAUGAAACUAUUAAUAAUAAAGAAACAAAAUCAUUUAAAAUUGAAGAAAUGAAAAACAAAUCAUCGAAUAAUGUAGAUGUUGAUAAUUAUGAAGAUAACAAUAAAACAACCACACCAAAGGCAGAAGAAAGUAAGUCAGAAAUUCAGAAAAAAGAAAAUGAAGCUACAGAUAAAAUGGAAGAAAAUAAUGCAAAAAACAAAGAACAUACAAAUCAAAGUAAAUUAUUGGAACCAAGUGAUAAAGUAUCUGAGGAAACUGAAGAAACAUUACAAUCUAAUAAAAUAGAUAAUGAAAACAUUGCUGAAACAAAAAUAAUUGAUGCAGAAAUUAAUAAAAAUAAAUCAAAUGAAAAUGAAAAUAUUAAUAGUAAACAAAUAGAAUCAACAGAUAUUAAAGAAAUCAAAAACGAAACAGAUAAAUCAGCUAAUAAUCUAGAUGUUAAUAAUUAUGACAAUAACAAAACAAAAACACUUAAGACUCAAGAAAGUAAUUUAGAAAAUGAUAAAAAUAAAGAUACAAAUAAAACAGAAGAAAAUAAUGAAAAACAUAAAGAUCUUAUUGACCAAAGCAAAUCACUAGAACUUGACAACAAAAUAUUAUUGUCUGAUAAUAAAGAAGAAAAAGAUAAAUAUAUAAAUAAUACUGAAAAUAAUCUUCCAACUAAAGAACUAGUUUCUAUUAAAGAUGACAUUACUGACACUCUUACCCGAUCAAAAAGAGGAGUAUCUUUCGAAGAUGUUCCAACUAGCAGUGACGCAAAUAUAAUUGUUAAUAAAAAUACCACAAUACUAGGCAAAAAAGAUGAAGAUUCAGAUAGUAAACCAAAUUCAAUAACAGAAAAUCAUCUAGUAGAUAGAGUAGCCAAAAAUUACGUCAAUUACGUAAUCGAAAAUGAUCGAUUUUUAUUAACAGAUAGUGAUGUAUCAGCUAUCGAUGAAGUCGACCUUGAAACUGCAGAUAACGAAACUGAAAAUAGUACAGAACCAAAAUCAGAUGAAUUAAACAUAGAAACUAGUGAUAACAGUAAUAUCGACAGUCCAAAAAAUAAUAAAGAAAGUUUGGAAUUUGAAAAAGACAUGAACUUAAAUAAAAAUGAUAAAGAUUCUAAAGAAGAUAGUAGUGGAAAGAAUGAAGAUAUUAAAAUUGCAGCCAAACUGAUCAAACAAACUGGUUUAGAUAAAAGUUCAACAGAAGAAAUAGAUGAAAAAGUUGAUAAUAAAAAAGAAAAUAAUGAAGAUAUAAAAGCUGUAAUGAAAUCUAAAGAUCAAAGUGGUUUAAACGAAGGGGGAACAGAAAAAGUAGAUAAAAAAGGUAAUAAAAAUGAAGAUAUUAAAACUUUAAUAAAUGAAAUAGGUACAAAGGAAGAUCACAAAGUGGAAAAUGAUAAAGGUAAAGACAUUUCUGCCAAUGAAAUGAAAGAUGAUGAUACUGAUAGAAAUGUACUCAUCAAAAAUACUGCAGAAAAUUUAAUCAAUUCUACAUUAUCAAUAGCACAAACAGGUCUCAUUGAGCACAAAGUAAAGAAAUUUUUAAACGAAUUCAUUGAUAGAGAGAAAGGUAAUACACCAACUGAAGCUGUUGAACAAAAAACAGAGAAGAAAUCUGCAUCUCUACUAGGUAAAGAAAAUAGUAAAUCUUUCAACAAAACCAAAAGUUCUGAUAAUAUAUCCACCCGACCAGUGAAUGGACUAAAAAAGACAACUAGCUUUGACAGUUCAAAACUGCGCGAAGAACUGAAGAAAAUCGAAGAUGAAUCCAAGUUUACCAGUUUCAAAAGUAGCUUCAAUCCUUUUUUGCUUCAUAAAGAAAUAGAAAAUAAUACAGGUAAUAAUGAAUUGGUUAUAACAUCUAUGAACUUUAAAAAAAUUGUUGAUGCUGUUUUAACAAUUCAAAGAGCAUGGAGAAGAUUUAAAAAUAAAAAAGAUACACCUGCAGAAAAACCUUUAAUAAAAUCAAAUUCAGAAGACAAAGGAGAUUUUUUGCAAGCAACGCAAGCUGCUGUAGUUAUUCAAAGAAUAUGGAAGGGGUUUAAAGCUAGAAAACAUUUAAAAUCUUUAAAAGUUGGUGAUGCUACAACAUCAGUACAUCAGAAGUUCAACAGUUCUACUUCAGAAACUAAAGAUAAUUUAGACAAAACAACUCUUGAGAGCAAUACCGAAAAUCACCAGUCAACAGGAGAUGAAAAUGCUGCACCAGAAUCAGAAGAAAGAAGACUUUUCAGCGCAGAAUCAACAGGUUCAGUAAAUACAGUAAUCUUCAACGAUCCAAAAGAAGAAAAAACCAACCAAUUUCACGAUCAUUACUCCAGUAACGUAAACCUGCUUUUGGAUGAAAUUCUGGAUUACCCCACCGUAGAAGAAGAAUUAUUAUUAGAUAAUUAUCAAAGCAAAUUACUAGACAAAAUUUCCGGCAAAGAAGAAGAAAAUAGAUAUGACGAUAUCAAAGCGUACGAAAAAAUCGUUUCUCCCAAACGUUUCCAAGAUUUAGAACAACUGAAAGACGAAAUACAUUUACCACUUGUAACGAAAACCAUACAAAAUGAGAAAAAUUUGACUACAGAAAGAAAAUUGCCUCGAUCUCUCAGUUCCAAAUUAGAAAUCUUGGAAGAGGAAAGUUCUACAGCAGAAGAUGAAGCAGAUAAUCAAGAAACUAAGGAUGAUAAAGGAGAUAUUGAUAAAAAUAAGGAUACAGAUAAAUUGUACACGUUUUGUUCUGAACCCACUACUAUACCAGGCGAGAAAAAAAUUGAUGGAAAACCAUUAUCUGAUUGUGUAGAAACAGUCCCAUCAAAUAUUGUUAGUACAAAUGAUAAAAAAACUGAUAUUAAAGAUUCAAAAGAAAAUGCCAGUAAUGAGGAAAGUAAGGAAAUAAAUAAACCUUUUAAUACUAGAGAAGUUCAUGAAACGUUAGUCAUACCUUUACCCACUGAAGUUAAAAACAAAUUGAAGAAUGGAGGAAAAGAAGAAAAAAUCAGCACCGAACCAAGUUUGGAUGAUAUUUCCUCUAUACUAUCGAACGCUGGUUUAGACAGUGGAGAAAUACAUGAUACAGUGGUUGUACCAAUCAACGAGCAACACAAUGACACCGGUAGAAGGCAACCCGUAUCUGUUCAGUUAUGCCAGACUUCAGAUGCCGAAAACCUGAUGACGUCGCCCGCUCCUGCGACCGACGUCACCGAGACCGACCGCAACAGGAAUGCGCAGGUUCCGGGAAAAGCCGACUUACGGAUACGGGCCGAUUCGACGAACGACAGCGACAUCAGUGGUUCGCCUCCGGAGAGCAUGGAAAGUGAAAAACGCAGGAAAACUGACGGCGGCAACAUGGAAGCGCAAGCAGCUACGAAAAUUCAGGCCGGAUUCAGGGGUUACCAAGUCAGGAAGCAGUUAAAAAUAAAGAACGGUUCCUCAGACAUGACCACCUCGAAAAAACCGUCCAGAUCCAAAACAGGCGCUUUAGAUUCAUCUAAGAACCAAUCAGAAAAACCGGAAGAGGUAGUAGAACAAUCGGCUGUCAAAAUCCAAGCAGGCAUCAGAGGUUUCUUAGUCAGAAGACGACAAAAGAAAAACGGCAGCAAGCAAGCAUGAUACCACGUGUCUUACAUCAAUUAAAAAUAUUCCUAUAACGCACACAAGCAGUGUGUCCGAAUUAAGAACAAUAUACAUAGAAGCGUAGAAGUAGCGCAAUUAUGCUAGAUGUA